UUCUCCGCGUUCAAAAUCGCGACGUUAGAAAGAGGUUACUCAAACACAAUGGAUAUAUUCAGGUAAAUGAUCAUCAUCCUCUUGAAAAUAUUCUCUCAGACCUGCAUUGAGAAACCAGUGAUGUUUUGUUGUUGCAUUAAAUGUUUACCAAAAAAUGAGGUUUCAAAGACACAAAAUGAAAUUGCUUCUUUCAAGGUUUUUUCAAAAAAAGGUUUCAAAACAAUUCUUCUCUACCCCUUUCCUACUCCAUACUUUUUAAGAUCAAAACCGACACUUUCUCCGUUGCUUCUCCCAACUGAUUUUACUUUUCUAUACCCAAUCACUCAUUAG